UACGUAGUUUACAAAACAAACAUGGCGCGUGCACAGUUCGCGCGCGAAAGGCGACGCGCGCGGUCGUUCACUCACUAAACCCGCUAUUGUUCAAUGAACCACUUAUUUCAUUAUCUGAUGUAUAAAUGAUAUCUUUAUCAUCGACAACAUAUUUGUAACGAUGUGACAGUGUCGUGGUGUCUACAACCGUACGUGCCCGCAGUUGAAAAUAAUAGUGUGUAAAAAAUGAAUUUCACUGAUGUGUUUGAUGCGACCUCAACGACACCAAUGAUGGACUUCAUGUCUACCACCAUGAUGCCAGAGACAACCACGGCCGCGCCGGAUUUCCGAACAUGGUUGUCGAAUUUGGUUUUGCAGAAGACGACAGUCCAAGGCAGCUUCUGGCAAGGUUUCCUCGCUUCACUCUCCGUGGUCAUAGUCUCCGAGCUCGGUGACAAGACUUUCUUCAUCGCUGCCAUUAUGGCGAUGAAACACGCUCGCAUCAUAGUCUUUGCUGGCGCCAUAUCAGCUCUGGUCUUCAUGACGAUCCUCUCAGCAGCCUUCGGGUCGAUAGCCACUGUGAUACCUAGGAUAUACACUUACUACGCGAGUGCCGCUUUGUUCGCCAUCUUCGGUAUCAAGAUGCUGAGGGAUGGUUGGAAAAUGGACCCUAAUGAAGGGCAAGAAGAGCUGGAAGAGGUGCAAAGUGAGCUGAAGAGGAGAGAGGAUCAGGAAGAAAAAGAAGAAACGUUAGACAUGUUAGAACAAGGUCAAGCCGAGAGCAGAAGGCGGAAACGCAACGCGAUCCUCAAAGUCCUGCUGCAGGCGGCGUCGCUGACGUUCCUGGCGGAGUGGGGGGACAGGUCGCAGCUGGCGACCGUGGUGCUGGCGACCAGGGAGGACGCGAUAGGUGUGGUGGUCGGUGGCUCCCUCGGCCACGCGCUCUGCACCGGCCUCGCCGUCAUAGGCGGCAGGAUGAUCGCGCAGAAAAUAUCUGUGAGGACUGUAACGAUUAUCGGUGGACUCGUGUUCCUGUUCUUCGCCGUGAGUGCUUUGUUCAUCGGGCCCGGAGAAUAAAAACUUUAAUGAAAAGUGUGAGUGACAAUACUGUGUACAUUUAUAGAUUAGUUAAUCUCAUUUUGUAUGAACAUGCUUGUUGGAACAACGCUGUCUGGUAUCGGGUUGGAAAUGUUGGUGAAUCUAUACUAAUAUUUCGCACUCUUAAUAAAACAAUGACCUAUUUCAAAAUUGAUAAUUUGUGGGGAUCGUCAAAAAACUCAUUUCGGUUUGCAACCUUUUUUUAAGUUCCUAUAAAAUUGAAAUGUUUAAUAAGUCAAAAAUUAAAGCUAUAGCAUGAAAAAAAGGAAAAAUUAAAAAAAUUCGCAAACAUAAAUGAGUUUUUGGACGACACCUACAAAUUAUCAAUUUUGGAAUAGAUCGUUAUUUUAGUAAGAGAGCGAUAUUUAAUACGGGUGCGGAAAAAGGACCCCACUGCACCUGAUGAUAAGUGGAGUGGGGUCCAAUAGGAUGUCGACUGACGAGAGAUGAUUACCCCUCGACAGUCAACACAAUUAUGCCGGCCUGUUGGUACCGGAUAUACACAGGCUGAUCCUUUAUAUAAAGCUGAAGUUUUUGAUUGAAUGCGCUAAUGUCUGAAAGGGUUUCAAGCCGGCUGAGCUGCAGGCAAUAUACUAAUGUUGGUGGUUAAGAACGAAGCUUGUUAUAGUACUAUGUUGAUAAGAGAGUUUAUAAUUUGUAAUACAUCACAGUUGUUCAAGUUUUAAAGUAAAUUAACAAGAUAGGUGAUAUUUGUUUUCUGAUGUAACUAUGCUGCUAUAAAACAAGGUGUUAAUAUGUAAAACUGAAUCGCAAACAAUUGUAUUGUUUGUUUAAAAUAGGUAAUCCUAAAAAUAAAUAAUUACCACUCACUCUCAUCCUUAGGGCCGUAUUAAGAGGCAUCUCAGUUUAGCUCUGAAGUGCGCUGUAAGAUGAGACACUGUCAAGUUAAAGUUGGCAUCUUAAGAUAGUCUAUUUAAUAAACCUAUAUAUCAGCUCAAAUGACUGUAAGCCACAAUCUGUGACUGAUUUUGACAACUGAGUCUUGUCUCUUUAUAAGGGCGCCGAAUCAGCUGAGCACCAGGGGCCUUAUUCUCUAUCCCGCACGUUAUUUUGACAGUGCGUAACAAGCACGUAACACAACGCAUCAUGUUUAGGACUAUAGAAAUUUGGCUUACAGAAUACCAUUCCACGCACAUUUCUCGAAGAUAACAUGACACGGCCGCGUUACGCGUUUACACUAUCAUACAUAAUAAAGGCCCUGUUUUAAAUGACAACUUAAGCCAGGUUUAUUAAGUUCAAUACAUCGACUAAGCACUUGAGAUUUUACUCAAGUUGAGAUUAAUUUAUUGAUACGGCUCUACAUGCCGCCGAACUUAAGUUGCUCUUACGAUGUCAUCAAUUUCAAAUUUAAAUCAUGUAAAGUAGGAUUUGUGAAUACCGUUUGAAUCAAUAAGCGGACCUUAAAACCUCGUCGCCUUAAAUUUAAGUUUAAUAAAUAAGUAACGUUUCAGUAUACCAAUUUCAAAGAUAACGAAUGCUUAAAUCCGUGAGGCCAUUUUAAAUAUUUAAGUACCGUUUGAGUAUUCGGGCGUUAAACUUUCAAUAAUUAUGACUUACCUUAUAAAAAAUUCGCAAAGCUAUGCUUAGUUAAAAUACAAAUUUAGUCGAUCAGCUGUAAGUCAAAACCCGCCAUCUUGCCUCCUAAUAAGGUUUAAACUAGGAAACCGGUGAUGUGUUUGACAGCUAUUUAAGCAAUUCUUAACCACCUCUUAACGUUAAACAAGUUUAUAAGUAACACACUUAAUAUUAAACUCUGUUUUAUAGGAUAUAAUGACGGUAGUUGGUUAAUUUGUUAUCGCCACAUUGGGGACUGCUACUGCGACCGUAGUCAAGGUGCCUUUCUACAAUCGUUAACGCUUACGCUAUCUAUAUGAAUGACAUAUCAUAACGACAGACUUAUCGUUCUGAUGUCAUACAUUUUUAUAUUCUCUAUGAGCGUUAAUGAUUGUUAAAGCCAUUUUGACACGGUCUCUGUUCUUUAGAUAACUAGACAGUGUUGUUCUAACGAGGUUUCGAAGGGUUUAUUGAGAGCUGAUGCUGAUAAUACUAUCAUUGCGUGAAGAAGACGGCACAGUUAUCGGAUUAUGUUUUUAGUUUAGAUUAGGGCUGCUCCACGAGAAGAAAUCGAAUGGUUUCAAAAUCGAGUUACAUUUGAAAUCGAUUAAUUUGCUCGAAGAUUGACAAUCGCAAUUCCAUUUGUGCCUUAUUAUACGACGUUGUUUUCCUCAUUUAUAAGGUAUUAAAAGCAAUCGACCAUCGAAUUUCUUCUAAACGACAGCCCUAUGUUAAUAACUAGCACCUAUUUUGUAAAUAUAUAAGUGUGAAUGCAGGGUUUUUUUAUUGUGAAUAUUUUUUAUUAACCGGCAAAGCGUGUAACAUUUGAUUCAAACCAAGUUUUGAUUCAUUGGAUAAAUCGAAUGAAAUAUUUUUAAUUCGGAUUAAUUGUUUAAUUUGACAGCUCCGUGAAAUGGAACGUGUGUCCUAUUCCGUACUAUAUUAUAUCGUUCGAAUUUUAAAUUUUUCAUAACGAUUUUAUCCGUUCGAGAUAUUUCUUGUGUGUAGUCUGCAUAAUGGAUCGAGAAUGCAUCCUAUUUGGUAUUUAUUAUCUAUUUAACUUUAAACCCUAGUAGGAAUAGCUAGAUUUUAUAUCAUAUUGUGCUGUCCUCUUGUCGGAUCAAAAACAAAUCCAUAGAUUAGCAAUAAUUAAUGCGACUUAAAUUCACGUGAAUCAUUUAAUAGAGAUUAGAUUCAGUCAACGGUCAAUUACAUUUUUAAAAUAGCGAAUUACGAAUAUUUCGAAUUGUGAAGACUAGAGAUGUACCGCGUAACUAUCAAUAACGAUGUCAAUCCCUUCACUAGUUAUUAUUGUUUUUACGAGGAUACGCUUAUAAAAUAAUCAUUAAGCCAUACUCCACAAAUAUUUUUAAUGACAGUUUCAAUUGAUGGUUUUGUAUCCUUCAUUUUUAAUUAUUUAUGUGGAGUCAUGAAAUACUGAUGAAACUGAUUUAAAAUGUUUUAAUUAAGGUGAAUCGGAUUGUCGCAAUUGCGUUUGCCAAAUUUUGUAUGUUUAAAGUUAUGGUUUAAAACAGUUCCCGUUGUACAGUCAGACACAAAAGUAGCUGAACAAUUUCAAAAUUUCGAAUCGCUUUUAAACUUUUGUGUCCUUAACAACAUUUUUUUUAAUAAAAUUAACUUGAAGCGUUUUACUUUAUCGUAGUCAAAGAAUAUAGAAUAUUUGGACGUUGUGUAGAGUUUUGAAUUUGUUCAACUAUUUUUGUCGUUGACUGGACAUAGCUUCAUAAAAAAGUAGAAUAAAUUAACCUUAGUGUCAAGAUUACAGUUCAGAAAGACAUUCAUCGUUUGGCAUUUGCAAAAAACGAAAUAUUUGUUAAAAGUAUGUCAUCUUGAAAUCAUACUAUUAUUGUACUUGAUGUCUGUGAUGUUGUUUUAUUAUAAUUAUAAUUAACUAUAUAUUUAUAAGCAGUUAAUUGUUUCGACAGUACAGUAAGAAUUGAGUAACUAAGUUAAAUUUGAUAUUAGUUAAAAAAAAAACAUUGUCUCUUAAUUUAAAAACUAUUGCGGCUCAAUUUUGUCUAUGAAACCGUAUUGCCAACCUAAAAAUGUUUUUCUGUAUUACCAGUGUAAUAAUACUAUGUAUAGUGUGUUAUUAUUAAGUUGGUAGUUUUAUUUAAAUUAAUAAAAUAUUGUCAUUAGUGUUUUUGUUCAGUAUCGAUAUUGUUACGUAAAAUGUACUUGCUUUUGUAAAGAUGUGACGCUUAAAGAUAGUAUGGUGAUACUAUAUGCGAAUUCCAUUCUUGUGAGAUUGAAUAAAAUAUUUGUUAAAUGUUCUUGUUUAAGAAAUUUUAGUAAAAUGUAUUUUAAUUGAAAAAGCAUUUAACUAUGUAGGAUGUGUUUCGACACUAAUUUAAUGUCGAUAGUAUGUUAUCGAUAACAGAACAACUCUAUGUUGUGUAUUGUUUAUUUAUAAUUUUUUAAGUACAAACAUGAAUAAUUAUGAAUCAUAGAAAGUGCUUUUGCUAAAUGUUGAAUAUUAUUAUAAAAAGUAUUAUUUUUAUGUAAAAAAAUGUACGGACUAAUAAAUGGUGUAAAUAAUGA